UCAGAUAUUGUACACAAGAACAUGGUUGAACAGGUGAUUACAGAGAGAGAUGCUUUGGCAAGAACAAAGAGCCCAUAUUGUGUUCACCUUUAUUAUUCUCUUCAGACAGCCUCCAAUGUGUAUCUGGUGAUGGAGUAUCUUAUUGGUGGAGACUUAAAGUCCCUCCUGACUAUAUAUGGCUAUUUUGAUGAGCCGAUGGCUACAUUUUAUGCUGCAGAGUUAGCUUUAGCCCUUGACUACUUGCAUAGCCAUGGUAUAGUUCAUAGAGAUGUGAAGCCAGACAACCUCCUCCUAGACAACAAGGGACAUCUCAAACUCACAGAUUUUGGACUAAGCAAAAUUACUCUUCACAAAGAUAUUUCAUCUGGAACACCGACAGCCUCUAGGUCAGGAUUGAAUUACAUACGAACUCCUGGUCAGAUUCUCUCCCUCACUUCACAUCUUUCAUUUAAAUCAGAAGAUAGCAACAGCACUCUCAACAGCCACUCUGUAAGUGAUAAAAGUACCUCCAGUGUGGUGAGCAUACGACAAGCAUCGCUCAGAAACCGCUCUGUUAGUCGCUUUUUUUCUCAGCUUAUGGAAAACUACUGUAAUAAUGUUGGGACUCCAUCCAUUCAGUUUUCUGCAAAUCUUGUAGAUUUGAAAAAGAAAUUUGAUUUUAGCAGUGACAUGACACCUAGAAAGGAAGAAGAAAGUGAUGUUAAGAAAAGUAAUGUUUGUAAAUUGGGUUAUACUUCUCAAGGUAUUCAGUCCCCAGGUAGGUCUCCAGUCAGAUUUCAUUUACCAUGCCGCUCUCCAAAAGAGGGAGAUAUCUCCAGUGAUUUUGAUGUCUCUCUGUCCAGUGAUGGGCAUGAGAGUGGAAUUCACCCUUUGCCUGUAUAUCCAUCAAGAGACAACAGUCUUGAUGAAAUCAAGGAGGAGCUCUCUGGUGAUCUGCAGUCUUCAGAUACAUCAAAUAUCAGUACCAGUUCACCAAAGAAAUGUCAUACAAGCUGUAACAGCAUUAACACUAUACCAGUGCCUCAUUCACCAAUAGCAACCUCAACACACUUAAUUAACUCCAAGAGAGAGACUGAUAUGAUCCAUGAUACAAUGCUAGUUUCUGACAAAAAUAAUAAGGAAGUUUGCAAGUCAUUGGCUAGUUAUGAAGGGAGAUCUGCAGAAUCAAAAUUGUGCUGUUCUAUAGAUGAUAGUGAAAAUAUGCUGGGGUCUGUUAUUAGAAAACAGAUUCAUACAUCCAGUGAAUACAGUGAUGUGUUCCUAGAUGACAUAGCUCCUAAUGAAUCUUGCACCUCAGAUAUCUUCAAACCUUUUGUCCCAAAGGAUCCUGUCUCAGCCACAGAGCUGGAAAAUGCUGACUUGACUGUUACCAAUAAGUGCCAUACAAGAUUACGAGCCUUAUCUCAGCUUACACAUCACAUGUCACCUGUAGGAUGCCCCACUUCUGAUUUGCCUUCUAUAUCUAGGGUUGUAUUCUCCAGAGAUAUAGCCACAAGUUCACCAAUUACCCCACAUGUUGGGAAAAGUGAAGGUGCAGACUUGUCUUUUUCAACUAUUGAAGGAUGUUCAGCAUUGCUUGAUUGCAAGCUAUCAAAUAAUGAACCUCAGAGGUCCUCAGAAAGCAGUUCUCAUUCAUCAAGUAAGACUGCAACUGUCUCAGGUCAGGUAUCAAAUUUUCCUAUAUCGGUGCAAGCAGAUAAUGUUUCCCUUGAACAGAGGGAAAGCACUAGAUUAGAAGAAUGCAUUAACAUAAGUGAAAGAAAUUAUUCCACCAUCAGUACCUAUCAGGAGUGUGAAAAUUUCAAAAUACCAUCACAAACAAGAGGUAUUAAACGCUCUAUAGGCUCUAGUAAUGCAAGCCCACCCACAAAUAUUGCAAGAGACAGUCAGUCUUCUGGCCUUACAAGAAGUUUCAGAGUUCUGCAGGUUGCUGGUCAAAACCCUAAAAAGCGAGACACUAGGAGGAGUCCAUGUCCCUUGGCAGAAUUGAGGUGUAUUCAAGACACCAAUUAUAUGCAUGGUGCUCCUGCUGUUGAUAGGGAAAGCAGAGAAAAUAAAAGACAAUGUGUAUAUGCAAAUGAUGCCAGAAGUGCUGUGGAUGGGAUUGGAGAAGCUUUUCACCACUUCAAGGACAUUCAGGUUAAUGAUACGGCAAAUAAACCAGUCAGAUGGUACAGUGAAAGUGACUUGAGCAGUGAUGUUUCGGAGAGGGAGAUUGGUUGUAAGGAUUACCCUGGCACUCCUGUUAGUGUGUCAUCACACAGCCAACAUUCACAGCGAUUCUUUAGUUACCAUACCCCAGCUAGAAUACCUAGUGUGCCUAGCACACCACUGCAAGAGUUUGACCAGACACCGCUACGAGCCCCAAAAAGUGUCAGGAGAGGAGCACAACCAUCUCGCUCUGAAUCUCGCAUCCUGGGUACUCCAGAUUAUUUAGCACCAGAGCUUCUGUUACAUCUCGGCCAUGGGUCAGCGGUAGACUGGUGGGCUCUGGGAGUAUGUCUUUUUGAGUUUAUGACUGGUGUUCCACCUUUUAAUGAUGAAACUCCUGAGGCUGUGUUUCAUAACAUUCUUCACCGAGAUAUUCCCUGGCCAGAGGGUGAUGAGGCAUUAUCUGAAGCUGCUAUCAAGAUAAUAGACAAGCUCUUGGCCUUUGAUCCAAAAGUACGGGCAGACUUUGAAUUGAUCAAAUCAAGCUCCUUAUUUCAUUGCAUCAAUUUACCCAACUUGAGGGAUAUGCCAGCCCCAUUUGUCCCUCAACCAGAUGAUGCCAUGGAUACCACCUAUUUUGAAGCUCGUAACAAUAUCCAGCACCUCACCGUGUCCAACUUCGAUUUGUGAAGUAAACUGUUCUCUGAGUAAAAUCCAUCCUUAACUGUGAUCAGCAUAAGCGGCACAUCAAUUUGUGAAGCAAGGUGUUCUCCGGUGAAAAAUUCAUCCACAAAUGUGAUCAGCAUCGGCAGCACAUCAGUUUGUGAAGCAAGGCGUUCUCCGCGCAAAAUCCAUCUGUAAUUGUGAUCAGCAUCAGCAGCACAUCACAGGAAGAGCAUUGAAAGUUGUUAACAAUGUCAUGAGGAUAAUCCCUCACAGUUUUUUUUUUGUUCCACAUUUUAUCACUAUGAAAAGCUUUUACAUUAUGUUUGAUAGCUAAAAAUACAGUAAGUUUCCUUUGUUUUAAUGUAUCUUAUUCCACAUUUGUAAUAAUAAGAGGAAGUAAUUCUCCCUUGUUUUAAAUUUUUGGUAUCGUGCAUUGGUUAUGUAUACUUUUCCAUAACUGUAUGUUUUAUUAAGAAUAUAGAAUAUAAUAACUAUCUAAUAUAUAGUACCAAAUCAAAACUUUAAUAUAUGCACCUGUAUCAAAUAUUUGAGAAAAAAUUGUGUCCUUUUAAAUGUUUUGACCCAACUCUAAACAUAAUAAAUUUAAAAAAUU